AGUCACUCUAGUUUCUGUCUCUCCCUCUCACACCCAGUUUCUCUCUCACUCUCUCUCUAGCCAACAAAAAAAAACAAAAGCCAAAACGAACUUCCGCCGGAAUCUGCCCUCUUCUCUGCUCUGAGACUCUGCCCAACCACCGCCGCUGCUACCGUCACCGGACGCAACACCACCUCCUUCAAGGCGGACAACUUCCACUGAGCUCACCUAUGAGGGACGACGCCUCCUGGUUCGCUCACUGGGAGGAGGAUCUUCCUUCCCCUGAUGAGCUCAUGCCCCUCUCCCAGACCCUCAUCACCCCGGACCUCGCCGCGGCCUUCGACAUCUCUUCCUCCACCACCAGCGGUUCACCUCCACCACCAGUAACCCAGCAAGCGCUGUCGGCGGCCGACGAUUUCGAUACCUCAGCCGGCGCAGGCGUCGAUGAGCCCGCCCGCACCCUCAAGCGGCCUCGCCUCGUCUGGACCCCCCAGCUGCACAAGCGAUUCGUUGACGCCGUCGCCCACCUUGGCAUCAAGAACGCCGUCCCCAAGACCAUCAUGCAAUUGAUGAACGUCGACGGCCUCACUAGAGAGAACGUCGCCAGCCACCUCCAGAAAUACCGCCUUUACCUCAAGAGGAUGCAGGGACUAUCCGGCGUCGAUGCCGCAGGCGGGGGUGGGGCAAUCGCGCCCUCCUCCUGCGACCAUCUCUUUGCCUCCACCCCGAUUCCAACCCACCACCAUUACGAGGGCCACCACCUUCUCCCCUUCGUGCACAUUGGGUUCAACCCUUCCGCCGCUUCUCACCACCAUUUUGUUGGUGGUCCGCCACCGCCAUCUGCUGGGUUCCCGCCAUUCGAUCAUAGGUAUUUGGGUAGGCAUCAGUCUAUCCAUCAGGUGGUGUCGCCUGGGACUGGGGAUUUGAUGGUUAAGCCGAGGGAGAUCGGGAACUUGAUGGACGAAUUGGGGCCGGAGUCAACGAGGACGGGGACAGCGGCAAGGAAGGUGCUAACUUUAUUUCCGAAGGCUGACGAUUCUUCACAUAAAGGUGGUGGAACAGGAGGUUCCUUGUAGAGGCGGUGGAAGAAGAAGGUUUUUCGGUGGUGUGUGGUGGCUCUGCUUGUUGAUUUACUGUAAAUUUGAUUUCUUUCUUCUGUUUUCUUUAACUGAAUCGGAGCAGGGGGAAAUUGGCUGUUCAUGAUCAGAGGGUGAGUUUAUUGGGCGCUUGAGUUGCCAAAAUUGGGCAUUCAUGAUCAAGGAUGAAUUCAGUUGGGUUGCCAAAACCAAAAUUGUGCAUUCAUGAUUAAGGAAUAAUUCAGUUGGGACAAAUUGCAAAGUAGUAAGUUGAUGACCAGAGGGCAAUUCGAUUGGGGCUUUUAGCUUAACAAAUUAGAUACUGGUUUAUAAGGUGGCAGGGAGUGGAGAUCCGAUUCAUGUCCUUUUCUUUGUGUAGUAGUAGUUGUCAUAAUUUCUUCUAUUCCUCUGUGGGUAGAUUUGAAAUAGAUGAAGGUGCUGAUCAGUUCUUCAAAAAUGACUCUCAGAUGUGUUCUUUCUUAUCUUGCA